CUUAUCAUUUAUCACUUGUUAACAUAUGUUUUGAUGUCUAUAAUAAUAAUAAAAGUAAAAUAUUGUGGCGUCGAACUGUGUCAGUGUGUUGCUGUAACUUGUAAAUCCAGUUUCGUCUUUAGGUUAUCGUCACUUUUUUCAGGUUACUUUUUGUUUUCGAAUCCCUUUUGGAAAAAUUGGCUUGGGAAACAGUGAAAGUUGGCCAAGAGAGGGAGAGAAGCCACUGUUAUGUUUGGGCGCGACUACCGUUCACCUGUCGUGAAAGCGGCGCAUGGCCACUGCCGAACGGCGUCGUUGCACAUGUCAACUCAAGCCGCAGUCGACGGCCGCGCGUUUAGUUUGCCGCACAUUGUCGAUAAUGGACUGAACAGCCCGCGAUAACGACGCUGACAUUUGACAUUAUUUGCAGUUGUAGUCAUUAUAGUGUUAAUAGUUUCUACUACUUUUAUUAUUGUUAUUAACAAUACAACAUAGUAACGGUGUGCCGAAAGUGUCGGCCGCCAAUUUUUGUUAAGAUUCUACCACGACUGUUGCGGACGACGAUGAGCGAAACCAAACUUUUAAUAAGCAACGACAUGGUCGCCUCAAAAGAUAUGCUAAACCCGUUCGUUCAUCAUCUGGAAUUGACAUCCACCUACGACAAACUCAAGACUGCCUUCUUUACUAUCGUCGUUCUUCCCAUAAGAAUUGCGGCCAUUAUGUUUUUAUUGACGGUGGCGUGGAUGUUGGCCACCAUCGGGCUGAUUGGAAUAAGUCAUAACGAUUUAUCUGAAAAGCCACUCUCUGGAUGGCGACGUGGGCUCAGGCGUGCAGUUUACGCGGUUACCCGACUUAUGUUCUUCGCUGUUGGGUUUCAUCGGAUACGCGUGUUCGGCAAACAGGCCACGCGGCAGCAAGCGCCCGUACUAGUCGUGGCACCUCAUUCUUCGUUUUGCGACGGUCUAGCCGCAAUUGCAGCAGGCGGACCAACUAUUGUGGCCAAGGAAGAGAAUUCGUCUUUACCAAUCAUUGGAAGAGUAAUCAACUUCACACAGCCUGUAUAUGUGCGAAGAGACGACCCAGAAUCCAGACAGCACACAAUACAAGAGAUCAUUCGCCGCGUGAAAUCCGACCAGGACUGGCCUCAGAUUCUCAUAUUUCCAGAAGGAACUUGCACUAAUCGUUCGUGUUUAAUCACAUUCAAACCGGGUGCGUUUUAUCCAGCAGUUCCAGUACAACCGGUUCUACUGCGCUACCCAAACAAACUUGACACUGUCACAUGGACUUGGGACGGCCCUGGAGCGCUGAAACUCUUGUGGCUGACAAUGACCCGACCGGCGACAACCGUGGAAGUGGAAUUUUUGCCCGUUUACGUUCCUAGUGAGUACGAAAAGCAAAACCCCAAAGUUUUCGCCGAAGGCGUCCGCAAUGUGAUGGCCAAAGCUCUCGCAGUGCCUACAGCGGAUUACACGUACGACGAUUGUAGAGUGGCCGUCAAAGCGGGCCAACUUAAUCUUCCCAUGUCCUCCAACUUGAUCACAAUCGAAAGACUUAGAAGCCGAUUAGGAUUGACGCGCAUCAAGCUGGAUGAUUCCGCUCUGGCAAAGAACAUGUUACUGUUCCAGAACCAUAUGGGCUAUCCGGUAGACUUGUCAGAGUUCGCUAAACAUUUAAAUGUGCCCGUUGACGACAGCUCCCUUGUCGGCUUGUUCAAAAUGCACCAAGAGGACGAAAAUUCGGCGAUGAUUGAUUUCAAAAAAUACUUAUUGGCGGAAUAUAUCCUACAGAAAGCGGUUACCAAAGAAGACCUAGUAGUUUUGGCGUUCAAGCUGUACGGCGGGUGUUUUAACAAAGAAAUGUUUGAGUAUGUGUUAAACCUCAUGUAUAAUACCCCGAAACCCGAAGCGUCGGUUCUGUACAGAGAGAUGACUAACAAGCCGGACGAAAUAAGACUGUCCGAUUACAUGCAAUAUGGGAAAAGUCAUCCGGACAAAAUUGUGCUACUGCAAAACCACAGCAUGAGUUCGGCACCUCGGGCAGUGGCGGAUUUCUCAGUGCUCGGACACCCUGACGAGGAAAAGAAGUAUCAAUGACAUACGGAAACAUCACCGAGUACAAUAGUACCUGUCGCAGACUGAAUGAAGUUAAUUAUUAUUAAAGGUUUCAUCAUUUUCCUCGCUCGUCUCACAAUAACGUUAUUAUUAUUAUUAUAUAUUGUAUUAUUACAUAUUUGUUACUUUGUUACGUUGUGCAUAUAAAUGUGUUGCACAGUGUCUAGUGUUUAAGUGCUUAGACUUUCCCAACAUGACCGUCAAUGCUUUUAGGAAAAUUCACGUUUGUCCUUGAUAUAUGUUUUGUACAUGCAAUCAGCAACUUUUUCUUGUUCUAGCUCUUUACAUUUUAUCUUUUGCAAUGCUGUGUGUAAAUAUUGUUCACUGUUUAUUGAAAUUACCAUCUCUGGAUUUUCUACAUAACACCACUGCAUUUACAUUUACUCAUAUUUUAUACAGUUUUUUUUUAAAUGAGUGCUAUAUAUAUAUAUAUAUAUUACAAUAAAAUUAAAACAGAUUUUCCUACGAAUUUUGACUUUCUAUAUGUAAAUAUAUAUACUGUGUAAAGAAAAAAGUAACUAUCGUGAUUAUCUUUACUCAAUUAUAUUUGUUUGUUCGUGUUCCUC